UUGUGUUUCCAGAAAAUGGACACCGCAGGGGCCAAAGUGCUGGAGACAGCCGAUGACAUCCAGGAGCGCCGGCAGCAGGUGCUGGACCGCUACCGCCGCUUCAAAGAGCUGUCCAUCAUGCGGCGCACCAAGCUGGAGGACUCUUACCGCUUCCAGUUCUUCCGCCGCGACGCCGAUGAGCUGGAGAAGUGGAUCCAAGAGAAGCUGCAGAUUGCCUCUGAUGAGAACUACAAGGACCCCUCCAACCUGCAGGGUAAGCUGCAGAAACAUCAGGCCUUUGAGGCUGAAGUCCAGGCCAACGCGGGGGCCAUCAUCAAACUGGACGACACUGGGAACCUGAUGAUCACAGAGGGCCACUUCUCCUCUGAGACCAUCCGAGUAAGGCACACACUGACCAACAUGUGUUCACUCUAGUGUCAGCAGAGUGUCAGAACAACAUGAACAUGGCACAGAG